AUCACAGGCGGUCGAUUCCGCUCUAACUCACAUUUCUGCAGAAACCAGCAGCGCUCUAAGAUCCCAUGAACUUUCAUAAUGGUUAUUUUCAUCCGACCAGCUUUGGAAGUAACCAGCAUGAAAUGAACAUGAACAGCUUUUAUCUUUCCUCAACAGCAAGCCCUGCCUAUCCCUCAUAUGUCAACAUAUCCUUGCGUCCGCCAAUUCAUUCACACCCGCACGAAUUUCACAUUCAUAACUCCGCAAAGGAGAAUCUUUUCAACUACCCUGGCCAUGAAAACAGAUAUUUCCAUUUCAUUCUGAAUCGUCAACCACACACGAUGAAUUUACAACACCCUUCGUUUCAUGCACACUCGAACCCCACAUUCUUUCUGAAUCAAGGAGUCCCAAGCUUUCAUUCACACAGGGAUACAUCAUUCAUUAAAUACUCUGCGAGACGAUCAAAGAAUGUGACCGCACCUUUGAGUAAUCUUUGCCAAACUUUCUCUGCUCUUGUCAGACCUGAUGAUUGAUCCUCGUCCAGUGGUUCCAACAGCGGAGCAACACUCUUCGCCGCAAUCAAACUCAUUCUGUGCUCUGUGCGGUCAAACGGUUGGUACCCUUGAAGUCACGACAGAAUGCGGUCACUACGCUCACUCCAGUUGUUGGCAGCAGCAUAUGGCAAAGCAUGCCGAUCUGCACAAGAAGACCAUCACUUGUCCGGUUUGCAGCACCAACUUAAAUCUCAGACAACUCGAGCAUGCUCAUGCAAGUCCUCAUAUGAAAAGCUCUCAUUUGAAUUCUAUCUCAUCUUUGGACGAUCAUUUGGAUGAUGGUCUUUAUCCCAAGUGCUACCAGAUCACUGAUGGGAAAAGUCACAGCAAUUUUGAUGAAGAUGAAAUCGACUCUUCUGUCGAUACCUCAACCAGCUCAUGCCCAGAGGAGCAAUCCUUUCUGACCUCAUCUUACAUUGCAAGCCCGAAUCUCAAGAGUGACGGAAUUU